AUGAAGAAGCUGAUGGCGUUGCCCAAGGCGUACCUGAGAUCACUGAAUGAACUAAUCUCAGAUUCAAUUGCUUCAAAGAAGCCAAAAAUAAGGAAGAGAGAAAAUAACAAUUCUGUUUCAAGUUCUGCUCCCAGCAUUCCUAAUACUCAAGAUGUUAUCACUACCUUCUGUGAGGUGGUGGAGGAUUUCUGUGGAAAAACCAAAAUUCCUGACGAUGGAGAUGGCGGUGACUGGUUGUCAAUCCCACUUGGUGAUGUUAAGGUUCUCGUGAAUGAAAUUACAUCUGUUCGAUCCAAAAGGAUAUUGCAUGAGGUUCCUAUGGAUACAGUUACAAGGUUAUUGGAUGUGAUUGACCGUCAGAUUCGAUAUUCUCAAGGUUUGUCGAUAGAUGUGAAAGAAAAUUCUGAUGUCGUUGAUGCUGAACCUCUGGUUUUCUCUGCUUUGGAGUCCAGUCAUGCUGCGUUGGCAAUUAUGACCCACCAUGAUAUGCCAAAGCAACUGUACCGAGAAGAACUUAUUGAGCGGAUUAUUGGAUGUGAUUGA